ACUAUUUGCAAAAAUGGGCCAAUGUAUGUGUUGUCAUUCUAGUGGUCCUAACGAAGUUUUGGUGAAAUCGGGUACAAUAAAGAGGCUUUUUUAAAUUGAAAUUCGACCAAAACAAUCUAACGAACAAUUUUUCUAAUUUGUACAGGAGGAUGCUGCCUAGAUCGACCCCAAUUGGUGCCAGGAGGGAGAGUCUUCGUUUGGCCGAUAAUACAACAGAUUCAGAGGUAAAAUUCUCUUGCAAACUCUAAAUUCGAUAUUAUGAUUCAUAUUUUCCAAAUCUCUAACUUAAAGCUACUACUAAUAUUUUCCCACUGAUAAGAAUUUUGCUAUGCUAUGCACAUACUUUGUUUUUAAUUAGACUAUAAUACCAACAAGAUCUUUAUUAAAGAAAUUACUAUAUACUAUAAAUACAAUAAAAGCUGUAAACUUGAAUUAUAACUAAUGAACAUCAUUCAUCCACAGAAUAUCCCUGAAUACCAUGACUCUGACGAUUGAAUCGCCUCAAGUUUACACACAACAUGGCGUUGCCGUAUCAGUUACGGGCAUUGCUCAGGUCAAGAUUCACAGUCAAAAUCGUGACAUGCUAGCAACUGCUUGCCAGCUAUUUCUUGGCAAACCUGAUGUUGAAAUUAGAAAAAUAGCCCAAGAAACUCUUGAAGGACAUCAACGAGCUAUAAUGGGAAAUAUGUCGGUAAAAAUUCAGGGAAGUAACAGAGACAUGUUAGAGGCAGCCUGCCAACACUUUCUUGGAAAAUCUGAAAGAGAAGUUGCUUCAAUCUCCCAAGAAACCCUGGAAGGUCAUCAAAGAGCAAUUAUGGGUAACAUGACAGUGGAGGAAAUAUACAAGGACAGAAAAAAGUUUUCGAAAUCAGUAUUCGAUGAAGCCUCGUCCGAUCUGAUCCAAAUGGGAAUUAUGGUUGUCAGUUACACUAUCAAAGAUAUUCGAGACGACGAGGGCUAUAUCGAAAGUUUAGGAAAGAAAAGAACAGCUGAAGUUAAAAGAGAUGCUUUAAUAGGGGAAGCUAUUUCGAGGAGGGACGCUGCCAUUAAAGGCUACUUGAAAGCCUUGGGUCAGGCCAGGACGGCUCAAGUUAAACGUGACGCUAAAAUCGGUGAAGCUGAAGCUCUUAGAGAUGCCACAAUUAAGGUGACAUAUUAG